UUUUUUAUAUACAUGGACAUUUGUGUGUGAAACAUUGAAAACGGUUGAAGAAGAAGCAGGCCAGACCCAGGGUGGAGUUCUUCUUCUUCUUAAUUUUUUUUUUUAUUUUAAUUUCUCUAAUUUAUAAUUAAAAAAUUUCUCAAAAGGAUCACCAGGUGAUCAUGGAGAUCCUUGCAAAUGUAUCAUCGUCAUUUUGGUCACCUGACAUUUGGCUACCACCAAAUAUAACUUGGGACAAUAUAACACCAAAUUCAGAUAAUAAAUAUGCUAAUUGGAAACAUCUUAUUUAUCCUUUACCUAUGGCAUUGUGUCAUCUAGUCAUUCGUUUUGCAUUAGAAAGACUGAUAUUUCAACCAAUUGGAAGAACAUUGGGAAUUAGAACAACAAGAACUAAAAAAGCACCAGCUAAUGCUAUUUUAGAAAAAGCUUAUAAUAAAAGAAUUAAGCAUAAAACAUUAACUGCAUUGGCUAAACAAGUUGAUUGGACUGAAAGACAAGUAGAAAGAUGGCUGAGACUUAGACGAUCACAAGAUAAACCUUCAACACUUACAAAGUUUUGUGAAAAUAGCUGGAGAUGUGUUUAUUAUACAUCAAUAUUUUUCUAUGGAAUUUAUGUAUUAUGGGAUAAACCAUGGCUUUGGGAUAUCAGAGAAUGUUACAAUAAUUAUCCUUAUCAUUCAGUAACUGAUGAUGUAUGGUGGUAUUACAUGAUAUCAAUGUCAUUUUAUUGGUGUUUAAGUGUAUCACAAUUUUUUGAUGUUAAAAGAAAAGAUUUUUGGCAAAUGUUUAUACAUCAUAAAGCAACAAUAAUGUUAAUGUGUUUUUCAUGGGUUGGUAAUUUAACAAGAAUUGGUUCACUUGUACUUGUUAUACAUGAUUGUGCUGAUAUUUUUUUGGAAGCAGCUAAAAUUGCUAAAUAUUCAAAUUAUCAAAAAUUAUGUGAAUUUAUUAUGGUUACAUUUACAUUAAUUUGGCUUGUUACAAGAAUGGGAUUUUAUCCAUUUUGGAUUAUUUACAGUACAUCUAUAACAGCUCCACAAAUUGUACCAAUGUUUCCAGCUUAUUACAUAUUUAAUUCAUUGUUGAUAUUGCUAUUUGUUCUUCAUAUUAUUUGGACAUGGAUGAUUGUCAAAGUUGCAUACAAAUCAUUUACUGCUGGAGUGAUGGAAGGUGAUAUUCGUAGUAAUACUAGUGAAAUAUCAGAUGAUCCAGCUAUGGAACCAUCAGCAAAUAAUUCAUUAAAUAAUGUUAAACAACAUUCAGGUUAGAUACAAACAACUUCACUGUGCAUUACUAAAAAAAAAUAAUGAAUUAUAUUUUCUUUUUCAUUUUUUUUUAUAUAAUAUAAUUAAUGAACAAAAUAAAAUGCAAAAUAUCUGUAAAAAGAAAGAAAAAAAAACGCCUUGUGACGAUAAUAGAAGAAAAAAAAAAAUAGAGUUUCAUAAAAUCAGUGAUAAAUUUUUUAAAUUGCAAUUAUAAUUAAUAUUUCUAUGUAAACAAAUUUACAAAAAAACAGAUAAUAGAAUUAGAUUUUUCACGAGUCAAGUAAUGGGAACAAAAAUAAAUAAAUAACGUUUCUCAUUUGCGUAAAACCAAAAAUUUCAUAAACUUAAAAAGAAAUGAAAUGAUGUAGAGAAAAAAAAAAAGAAAUGGGAAAAAAUUAAUUGGAGCUAUUCCAAUCGAUAAUUUUGUUUUAUUUUUUUUUUCUUUUAAAAUAAUAUUGAGUAUUAAGACUUGUCAGAAUACUGCAAAUAAUAUUUUUAUUAUUUCAAUUGCUAAUAACACAAUUGACGAAUAAAAAUAAUACUUAAAAUUUAUUUAUCAAUGUGAUGAAUAGAAAAGAAAUAAAUUAACAAAGAAAAAAAAAAAAAGUAAAACUGAUAAGAUAAAUUCAACAAUGAAGAUGCCAAUUUCUGACGUUUGUUUUUUUUAGAUAGCAUAAAAAUAAAUAAUGAUAAUUUUUAAAAAAAUUAAAAAAGAUAAAAGAUAAACACAGAUAAAGACAAAAAAAAAAAUUUAAAUAAUUUCAAGUCAAAUGUGUAAAUAAAAAAAAUAAAAAAUACUUUUGCAUAUUUUUCAAAUGAAUGUGCUUAAAUUAUUUAUAGAAAAAAAAAAAAAUUUCUAUCAGCUCUUUUUUUUUGUUAACGAAUAAAGUCUUUCGAAAAUUUCGUCUCUUAAUUAUCAGUGGAUAUUUUUUAUCUUUCCAUUGCUUCGAUUUUAGUGAAAUGUCUUGAAUUAAUAAUGAUGUAAUUUUUACAACAUAAAUUUAUCAACACGACCAAAGUUUUCAGUGCUUUGUUUUGAUUUGACGAGAACUUUUUUUUUUUUUUGUUAAUAAUAUUGCUUUAUUUAAGACUUUAUUUGUUUGAUUUAAUUAUUUAAUUAUUUUUUUUCUGCACGACUGAGAACUUGCGUGUGAGUUCUUUGGCUAUUGUAAUUAGUUAUUACUAAUUAGUAUUGCACACAUUCACAUUCCAUGGUUUUUUUUCUGAAUAAUCUACACAAUAGUAUUCUUUUUUUUUUAUACAAUAGUUUUUCAUAAAUAAGAGGCAAUUAUAUUAAAUAAAACAACAGAAAAAAAUAAUAAUAAAUUUCAAAACAACCAUGACACUGUAUGUAUUUUUUUAUUUUGUUUUUAUUUUCGAAUAAUACUGUAACAAAUUUAAGAAUUAAAAUGAAACAAUUUGAGGCACACAAUA